AUUAUUGCUGCAGCCAGUCAUCUGGAUCAUCAUUAAGUGCAUCACAAGCAUUCAGCAAAGAAGAGACUAAAAACAGAAAAGCUCAUUCACCACAUUCUAAAUGUCCAACAAUCAGACCAAAAAAUAUGCUAAGAUGGAAAAAACAAGAUAAAAAUGCAAAAACGAAAUGUUCUGAUGAAUCUAAAGAAAAAGACAUCACAAAGCCAGAGGAAAAAGACAAAAACAAUAGUGUGUAUGUGGUUUCCAGAGAGUUUGUAGACAUAUUGGCUAAUGCCACACUGAACACAGAAGAUUCAGACUCUCUUGACUCAGACCUACAGGAAAUAAUUGACUCUCCACCUGCAGAAAAAACCAUCAAAGUGAAAAAUAAACUGAAGGAGUUAGAGAAUGUUACACUUAACAUUGCUAUAACCGGGAUGACAGGGGCAGGGAAGUCUUCCUUCGUCAAUGCCCUCAGAGGUCUUUCUAAUGAUGAUAAGAACGCAGCUCCCACAGGAUCAGUUGAGACCACCAUGAAGCCCAGCAUGUACCAACAUCCCUUCAUGCCAAACGUGAAGAUCUGGGACCUGCCUGGAAUUGGUAGUCCAAAAUUUAGAGCAAAGAAGUACCUGAAAGAUGUCAAUUUUCACAUGUAUGACUUCUUUCUCAUAGUCACCUCUGAAAGAUUUAAGGAGAACGACAUAGAGCUGGCCAGAGCUAUCAAGAAAAGCAAGAAGCUAUUUUAUUUCAUUCGCACUAAAAUUGACAACGACAUUCAUGCCGAAUCACACAAAAGAAACUUUGAUGAGCAGAUGUUGCUCGAAAACAUCCGAGAAGAUUGUAAGGCGAACCUACUGAAAAUCGGAAUACCCAAAAUAUUCCUAGUAUCUUCAUUUCAGUUGGAAAAAUAUGAUUUUCAGAAGCUGAUCAACACCCUCAAAGAUGAACUUCCCAAACACAAGAAAUUUGCUCUCAUUCAGUCUCUGCCCGUUUAUUCUCUUCAGGCCCAAAGAAAAAAAACAAAAAGAAGAAAACAUAUUUCAAGAAACAUAUUUGGCUGA